AUGAAAACUGUCAUUUACGCCUCUUCCCUGGCCGGCCUGGCCGGGCUUGCUGCUGCCAAUGCGUGCGAACCGAACAACUGUCUGCGUGCCAUCACGGGCACGGCGGGCGGCUCAGCCAGCCUAUCGCAGCACAAGUCGGACUGCAGUUCCUUCUUCAGCUUCACGGUGCCGGCGGCCGAGGCCACAGUGACGGUAACGUCGACCUGCACGGCGACAGACUGGGCCACGACCACGGUGGAAGCCGGCAGCGGGGUGUCGGUGCCGGGCUCCACGGAGACGGUGUCGGUGACUUCGACGCUGGCCACAGUCACAGAUACGACCACGAUCAUCGGCAGCACCGACACCGUCCUGGUGACGCAGGGCGCGACGGUGACCGUGCCGGUGACCGUGACCGUGGACACAGCCACAGUUGUGCUCACAGACACGAGCACAGCCACAGAGACGGACACCGCCACAUGGACGGACACCGCGUUCGUCACAGACACAGACACAAUCACAGCCACGGCCCAGGAGACGGCCACGGCCACGGUGACCAACAAGUGCCCCACGACGACGAAGUGCGUGACCAAGGGCUACGGCCAUGGCGGCUACGGUGGCGGUGGCUGGCGGCGCGGUCGCUUUGCACGUGACGCAGCGAAUGCGGCCGGUCUGCUGGCUGUGCGCGCCGACGCCUACGGCGUGACAUCGCCGACGGACAUCCCGACGUACGCCGGCGCCUGCAACAGCACUGCUGAGUACUCAAGCGCCUGCUCGUGCUUUGGUGUGACCAAGACGACCGUCACGCAAGGCUACCCAACCGGCACUGUCACGGUGACGACGACGGCCGAUGCCACGGUCACGGUGACGUCGACGACGACUGUGACAACGUCGGCACCCGUCGUGACCGGUCCGGCCGUCACGGAGACAGCUACGGUCAGCGCUACGGCCACGUCGCUCGGCACCGAGACGAUCGACGCGACGACGACGACGUCGACCGACCGGACUGCCGCGACCAUGAGCGAAGACGAAGACGUUGCCAUCUACGACGAGGUCGAGAUUGAGGACAUGACGUAUGAUGCAGCGCGGGGCCUGUACAACUACCCGUGUCCCUGUGGCGACCGGUUUGAGAUCGCGCUGGCAGAUCUGCUGGACGGGUCCAGCGACAUUGCCGUGUGUCCGAGCUGCAGCCUGAUGAUCCGGGUGAUUUACGAUAUGGAGGAUCUGCCAAAGGGACCGGGAGACGUGCCCCAAAGCGAGGCCGUGGCCACGGCAGCUUGA